AUGCCAGACUCGACAAAGAAGGCUACCAAGAGCAAGUCUUCGAAACAAAACCUCAAUCCCGAGAAGAAGAAGAGGAGCAAGACCACCCCCACACCAUCUCCCCGACCCUCCAAAAGUGCCAAACUUGUGGAGAUCAACGACGAUGAUGAUCCCAUGGCCGCGCUCGAGAAUGAGCAAAACGAGGACAAGGGCCCGAUGGAGGCACUAGAGGAGGAGCAAAUUGUCCCAAAAGUGGCCGAUGAGUAUGAAGUGCAGGCUGAGAGAGAGAUCGCCGCGGCAAAGGAUUCACUGGAUAGCAGUGGUGACAAGGAGCCGUUGAAACUUGUGCAUCAAGUCCGUCACCAAGUUGCCGUCCCUCCCGAUUUCCCCUACGUUCCCAUCAACCAACAUAAACGUCUCGACCCUCCUGCCCGAACCUACAAGUUCGAACUUGAUCCUUUCCAAUAUGUCUCUACUUCUUGUAUCGAACGAAACGAGUCGGUUCUGGUGUCUGCGCAUACAUCGGCUGGUAAGACCGUUGUCGCCGAAUACGCCAUCGCCACUUGCCUGCGCGAAGGCAAGCGAAUCGUCUACACAAGUCCUAUCAAGGCUCUGUCGAACCAAAAGUUUAGAGAGUUUUCAGAGACAUUUGGAGAUGUUGGCCUGAUGACUGGUGAUGUGACCAUCAAGCCUGAGGCUUCGUGUCUGGUCAUGACGACGGAAAUUCUGAGGUCUAUGCUGUAUCGAGGCUCAGAGGUAAUGAGGGAAGUUGCUUGGGUUGUGUUUGAUGAAGUGCAUUACAUGCGAGACAAGGAGCGAGGUGUCGUCUGGGAAGAGACCAUCAUUCUCCUGCCCCACUCGGUCCGUUACGUCUUCCUCUCCGCCACCAUCCCCAACUCUAUGGAAUUUGCCGAGUGGAUCACACAAACGCACGAACAACCGUGCCACGUUGUCUAUACCGACUUCCGUCCAACCCCCUUACAGCACUACCUGUUCCCAGCUGGCUCCGAAGGGAUCUACCUCGUGGUGGACGAAAAAAGCAACUUCAGGGAUGACAACUUCCAGAAGGCGAUGGCCUCCCUCGCCCAGGGGCAGGGAGAAGAUCCUGCGGACCCCAACAGUGGGAGAAACAAGAAGGGUAAAACAAAGAAGGGUGGAGCCAUGAAGGGAGAAACGUCCGACAUUUACAAAAUUGUCACCCUUAUCAUGCGCCGCAACCUCAACCCCGUCAUCAUCUUUGCCUUCUCCAAGCGCGAAUGUGAAGACCUCGCUAUGCAGAUGCAAAAGUUCGACUUCAACACGCCGGAUGAAGCUUCCACGGUGGCGCAGGUGUUCGAGAAUGCGAUUGGGUCGCUGUCGGAGGAUGACAAGAAAUUAUCGCAGAUCGAGGGCAUCUUGCCGCUUCUCAAGAGAGGUAUUGGAAUUCACCACGGUGGUCUUUUGCCCAUUUUGAAGGAAGUCAUCGAGAUUCUCUUCCAAGAAGGUCUUAUCAAAGCCCUCUUCGCCACGGAAACAUUCUCUAUCGGUCUCAACAUGCCCGCCAAGACUGUCGUGUUUACAAGUGUCCGCAAGUUUGACGGCAAAGACUUCCGAAAUCUUUCUGGCGGUGAAUACAUCCAGAUGUCUGGUCGUGCCGGUCGACGAGGUCUUGAUGCCCGAGGUAUCGUCAUCAUGAUGUGCGACGAGAAGAUCGAGCCAGAGGCCGCCAAGGGCAUGGUCAAGGGUCAAGCGGAUAGGCUUGACUCGGCGUUCCAUUUAGGAUACAACAUGAUCAUCAACUUGAUGAGGGUCGAGGGUGUCAGCCCAGAGUUCAUGUUGGAGAGGUGUUUCUUCCAAUUCCAAAACUCAAUGAGCGUGCCAGUGUUAGAGAAACAGUUGAAAGAGGCUGAAGUCGAACGUGACGCCAUCGCCGUUGAACGCGAAGACGAAAUCGAGGAAUAUUAUGAACUCCGCCAGCAGCUCAAGGAGCGAGGUCAAGACUUCCAAGCCGUCAUCACCCACCCGGCCUACUGCCUUCGCUUCCUCCAGCCAGGGCGUCUCGUUGAAGUGCGUGAAGGCGAAAAGGACUUUGGCUGGGGCGUCGUGAUCGCUUUCAACAAGGUAGUCAACCCCAGGGGUCGACCACCCAUCUGGACGGAUCAGGACCCCCCACAGAAGCAGUAUGUGGUCGACGUUCUGACGAGGAUUGCUUCUGGCUCGUCUGUCCCCAAGGACCGGUCUGCGUCAGAGCUCUCGCCCCCUGCUGAGGGAGACAAGGGCGAUGUGGCCAUCAUCGCCUGCUCGUUGUCGACCCUUCAAGCGAUAAGUCAGUACAGGAUCAAUCUUCCCAAAGACUUGCGCUCUCAGCAAGACAAGAACGCCGCGUUCCGAGCUGUCGGCGAGAUCAAGAAGCGAAUGCCCGAUGGACCUCCUCUGUUGGAUCCCAUCAAGAGUAUGGGUAUUGAAGACAAGUCUUUCAAAGACUUGGUCAAGAAGAUCUCCAUCCUUGAGAACAAGCUUCAAUCACUCCCCGUCACGACCUCUUCUGAACUUCCCCGUCUCUACGACCUCUACGACAGAAAACAACAAUCCAUCAACACUGUCAAAUCGCUCAAGCGCCGUAUCAACUCGGUGCAUGACAUUCUCCAGCUUGAAGAGCUCAAGUCGCGCAAGCGUGUACUGAGACGACUGGGCUUCACUACGGCGGAUGAUGUGGUUGAGAUGAAGGGUCGUGUAGCGUGUGAGAUCUCCACGGGAGAUGAGUUGAUGUUGACCGAGAUGAUGUUUGGCGGCACCUUCGGCACAUUGACUCCAGAACAAUGCGCGGCGUUGCUGAGUUGCUUCGUUUUCCAAGAGAAGUCGGAAGCGAAGGUGCGAUUAAAGGAAGAGCUUGCCACGCCCCUCAGAACUCUUCAGGAGACGGCCAAGAGAAUAGCCAAGGUAUCGACCGAGUCUGGUAUUGCGCUGGUGGAGGACGAGUAUGUGCAAAGCUUUAAGGUGGAGAUGAUGGAUGUAGUCCUGCAAUGGUGUAAGGGAGCCAAGUUUUCCGAGAUCUGUGCUAUGACCGAUAUCUUUGAAGGCUCUAUCAUCAGAUGUUUCAGGCGUCUACAGGAGCUCAUCCGUCAGAUGGGCGCGGCCGCCCACGCCAUCGGUAACACCGAGCUGGAGAAGAAGUUUGGGGAGAGUAUGGAUCUUUUGGAGAGACCCAACACUGUGGUGUUCAACCCUUCAUUGUACUUGUAG